CUUACCACAGUAUCUAACUGGCACUCUUAACCUCCGUGCGUACAGUCGGGAGGAAACAUUUUUCGACUUUUCCUCUUACCUACCGAAUAUUAUAUGUAAGCAUAAAAGUAGAAAAGCAUGCAGAUGUGUGUUUAGAGCGAUCGAAUCUAAUAUCUUCGCAACUUAAGUGUGUGUGUUUUAUAUAGUUAAAGGGAUUCAUCAGAUGUUUAGAGAUGUUAAAUCUGUCACCAUCAGUUUAUCGGAACGCUGAUGACGGAGAGCGGACGGUCACCAGUAAGAAGGUAUACUCGAGAAGACCUUGGUAUGCUCCACCAAUCGACCCUAUAGACCCAAUUGAUCCUUAUACAAAUUACGAACAAGAUUACAAAUCAGAGCAGAGUGGAGACUACUAUGGAGUUCUGGAAAAUGAUGACCCAGUAACGGUUAUCAACGUCGAACCUCUUGGACGAUUGGAGUCGUCUUCUCCCAGUCCGAAGUUAGAACAAACACCAACAGCGAGGACGGUUCCCGAAUUCUCGAUCGCCAAUGGUAUCAACUUAAGAGAAGCAGCACUCGUAGCUCUUGGCGGCGCAAGCGCAGCUUUAGUACUGCUCAUUGUGAUGGCGGGAGUAUUCUGCGCGCGCAGACGCAAGAACAGCCCCAGUCCUGUACCAUCACCACCAAUACUUGUCUAUCCCCCACAUGACAUCGCUGCUUCAUGCUACUUAACGAAGGAGGUAAACUUUUCGCUACCGACGCUGCGAUCGUCCUCCCUCGGCGAGUUGCGUGACGUCAGCGUGUCGAGUCUCAACAGUGACGUGCUCUGCCCGCCCACCAAUUCGCAGUACCGUUCAAAUUCUUUCACGAAUACAACCGAUUUGGGAGUUUUGGAUCCAUCGCUUUACAAAGCAGACCUUCUAGUUGAAGAUCAACUGUGGCCUGAAGGACACGUGGGGCGUGUGUGGUUCACGUUGAAGUACGAAUCGGGGACUGAGCGUCUUCAGGUGCAUAUUAUAAAGGCUAAGCAUCUACCUUCCCGUACACCCGCUCUUGCUAAUGCCUGCGACCCUUAUAUGAGGAUUCAACUUAUGCCCGAUGAAAGGCGAGUUCUGCAAACGAAACAAAAGAAGAAAACUUGCAAUCCGUUCUACGAUGAAACUUUCGUUUACCAAAUCCCACCAGGUAAAUUAGAAAGUUUGACGCUGAAGCUUUCGGUCCAUGACACGGGGAGAGUUGGUAGGAACAAGCAACUGAUAGGACAUAUAAUCCUACCACUCAGCGAACUGGAAGGAGUUGCUCCUGAUGAAGAGCCCCAACUUUACAAAUUAGAUAUUGAAAAGGAAAUUCAGGAUCCGACAUCAGAUUUGGGAGAAGUGCAAGUGUCGUUACUCUAUAAUGAAAAUCUGAAUCGACUCACUGUUACAGUAAUAGAAGCACGAAACCUAAAGCUGGAUCCAUCAUCAAGCAAGCGCGAAGUUGUGGCACGUGUCACACAAGAGCGAGCGUGCCGCGGUGUUAGAGCACGUCGCACCGCUGCCGUAGAAGUUUCCGAAGAUGGCACAGCCCUCAUUUCUGAGUGCUUUCACUUCCGACUGCGGGCGGAUGAACUACAUACCACCAGCGUCACCGUACAGGCUCUGCAACCACACUCCGUUUAUGCCAAAGAUCGCCUUUUAGGGAAGUUCGUGCUGGGCUCGUAUAUGUUCGCACGAGGACGCGCCUUGCAGCACUGGAAUUCAGCGAUAUCAAGUCCAAUGGAACAAGUGAAACAAUGGCAUCCACUCACAAACUAGAUAACAAUCACGCCCAAUGACAACCGAUCUUUUAGAU